UGAACCCCAAGUAGAACAAGAGGAAGUACUCAAAUCUUUACUUCAUUUUCUUGCUUUUCAAAAUACGUAUUUGCAUUUUAUCUAUGUCUCCUUUAGAGCUGUGGAAUUUAUGAAGGCUUUACCCAGGACAGUGAAAGCUGAAGAUGCUCAGCUCCCCAAAAUGAAGAGGAAAAGAAGAAAAGCCUAUAAAAAAUGGAAAAUCCUGAAUCCCACAGUAUGUGAACCUCAACCUGCUAAUCAGGUAUACCAAAAAAAUAUAAAAGAUCUUGAAAAGGAAGUCAAAGGAGACACCCCAGAAGCCAUGUUUCAUCAGAUUAGGGCGUUAGGGAAAUCUAAGGAAAAUGGAGAUGAGCAUACAUCUGCUUCUGUGAAUGGAAAACAGAAUUCACUUUUCCUCCCUAAAGAUAAUAAACAACUUUCAUCUGACAGCAAAAUAAGUAGGGAGAAGGAGAAUGAUGAUCCUCCAUCAUCCAUUUCUCAUCAACGAGACAAAGUGUUGUCAGUGGCCAUGUUUAAAGAGUGUAAAGAAUCAUUAUCAGAAAAAAUCAUAAUGCAGGAUUUCCCAAACACAGUAGAAGCCUUUAAACCAGCAAAAGGCAAAAUUAUUACAGAAGUGAAAUGUGGGGCUUUCAGUGUGCAAGUAGAAAUAAAGAAUAGAUUUUUCUGUAAAACAGGAAUGCAGUUCCCAACAAAAAGGAGAUGUCCAAAAUGUCAUCAGCAUUACUUUUCCAGACACAGUCAGAGAUACUAUACUUCUAGAAGCUGCUCUUCUAUAUACAGGAAUAUGUUAGUAGAAGAACUAAAACUUGAGGUGCCAUCUGAAUCUGAAGGAGAAGUUGCCAGAAAAGGGAGACCUUCACUAAAAGCAAGCAUUGUAGGAAAAGAAGUUAAAGUUAAAUACAUGAGUAAGAAACAGAAUAUAUUAAUUAAUAUAGCUUAUCCUAAAAGAAGGGGAAAAAGAGCUAAAUACAGAAACAUUUCCUCCGAUCACACUACUGAAGAAUGUUCCGGGUCUUCUCUACAGUCUGAUAUUAGGUGCCCUGAAAAGUGGAAGCUUGAGAACAAGCAUCAGAGUUCAGACUGUUUUCAUGUCUCUCCUCCUAUUGUGUGUGCCGUCCAGAAGGAGAAGAAUGUUGAUAGAGAGAUGGAGUUUCUGUGCUCAACCCCUGAGAGGGAGAAGACUAACCCUGACUCACUAUCUUCAGUUUUAGAUGACUGUGAGGUAGAAUCUGUCAUGUCUCAGCAGAAGGACUUUAAAAUUGGUCAGAACAUCCUCAACAAGAAAAAUUUCUCUAAGGCUGAGACUCUUCUCAAAAACAUUCCUCCUAUUUCACAAGGUACCCUAAAGACGACAAGUUUAAGUGAUACAGACUUAAGUAGCAUGCCUUUUGAGGAUCUGAAGGAUGUGGAUAGAGAGAGAAAACUCGUCUUCGAUAUACCAGAAAAUAUCACAUCAGACUCAUGUACAUGGCAAAGCCCAGAAGGAAUAAAUUAUUUGCCAAGUGCCAUUACUGACAUCUUCCCAGUUCAAGAUGGCAAAGAUUCUGACUUCUGUUCUUCAUCUUCUCUGAGCAGGCAAGUGGUAAGAGAAAAAGCAGCCAGCACUUACUGCAAAGGCAGCAAAAUUCCAACUGCAGAUUGUUGUGAGGAAUCAAGUUCUUUAUCUUUGCCUUCCAGUCAAAAUGUUCUGAAGCCUUCCACCUCAUUCAGCCCAUCCCACUGGGCCACCAGACAAUCAGAAGUGAAAGAAGUCCCUGGGGAUACAUUUUCUUUUAAUCGUUGUGCUGAACUUUUGAAAACCUGUGAGGAAGAGCAUAUUGAUAUGACUGACAGAGACUUUAACAAGGCCGCUUUACAUUGUGACUCUCGUACAAAUGCACAGCAACUACUGGAAAUGAGUACACGAUGUCCAACUCUCAGUCCUGAAUCCUCCAGCAGCCUCUCUGCCAGCAGCCCACUCAACAGGAACAGCCAUAGCACUGUGGAAUGGAGUCAAACAAAAUCCCAGACAGGUCAUCCAGAGAUAGCAGUGCCCAGCAAAACAACAGAGCUAGUUAUGACCUUAAUAACUGAUGAAUUAGAGCAAAGAUUAAUUAUUCAUAAUGAUAAAGGAGGCACGGUUUAUUCUAAUUGUCCCAUGGGAAUAAAAAAUCCUAAAGACUCACCCAGCUCUCUGGGAAAUGGUGAAAAAGACAAAUUCGAAAUAAUGCCAGUGGUAAAGAAUGCAUGCCAUAGAGAUUUUGAAGACCUAUCAGAUGAGAACCACAAUGAAGUCUGUUUCCAAAUGGAUUUGCCGAACACCACUGAGUUCAACUGCACAGAAUGUGCUGCAGAUAAUCUGUUUAUUGAGAAGACACUGACCAAUGAUGCAGACCGAUAUGGCAACCAAGAUGACAAAGGCCUCCGACUAACCAGUUUUAAAGAGGAGCCAGCAGAGUACCAAAGGAUUGCAUCAACAAAGCCAGAUUCUGAAGGAGAUAAAAAUGACCCAAAGGAAACUUACUAUCACCAAAUAGACAUAUUGCUGUCACCUCAGAAGCAGAAAGCCUUGACAGAUUGGAAUCUGGAAAUAAAUAGCCUCCGCAAGUUAUCCCAGGAAUUGGCUCCACGAGGUACAAGGGCCAGUGAUGGUUCCCAAGAAGAAGCAAUAGACCAGUGGGCCAGAAGGAGGCAGCAAUUCAAAGAUGGCAAAAGAUGCAGCUCAGCAGGGGAAAGUUCAUUUACCAGCAACAUCACCGAAGGGUCCAUCACCUCGGAAGAUGGCUGUUCUGUGGAUCUUGGCUUUCGAGUUGACCUUGAAGAGAAAGGAUUCUACACAGAAAAUUUCCAUUCAGCAGCAUGGGUUUUCCGAGGGGAUGAUGGGAAUCCUGAGGACAGUCCCAGAUGUCUUAGUAAAAAACCCCGACCAGUAGCUGUUCGAGAACGAACCGUGAGGCUGUUCAAAGGGACUGGUGAUUAUCCCUGGGGAUUCCGAAUUCAAUUCUCCAAACCAAUCGUGGUAACUGAAGUGGAUGCUAACAGCGCCGCUGAGGAAGCCGGGCUCCAGAUUGGAGAUGUGGUGCUGGCUGUCAACGGCACGGAGGUCACCAGUGUGGAGCAUGCAGAAGCCGUGCACCUGGCAAGGAAAGGUCCAGACAUCUUGACUCUGGUGGUGGGAUCUGACAUCAGUCGCUGUCCCAAUACGCCUUGGCCCACCUGCCGCGGCUACUUACAUAAAAGGACUCACUCCGGUUUUGUGAAGGGUUGGAGGAAGAGGUGGUUUGUGCUGAAGCAUGAUGGCUGCCUCCGCUAUUACAGACAUAAGAAGGAUGAAGGAAAAUGUUCGCCUCUAGAAGUAAUAAAAUUAGAAGGUGCAGAAGUUGGCAUUGAUAGCAGUUUGGGAAAACCAUUUGUGUUUAACUGUGUGCCUCAGUCUGGAAAUAGAACGUUUUGCCUCUGUGCAACCUCAAACCAAGAAAUGAAAAGGUGGCUGGAGGCAAUGGACAAAGCAAUCCAUCCUGUCCGCCAGAACCAUGUCUGGGAAGACGUUACCCUGCACAACAGUAACCUCCCACCCCUGGCUAUCAAGAACCCAGAGUGCCUAGGCCUUUUGCACCAACUGGACAGAAAUACAGACAUGUGGGUCCAGCACUACUGCAUUCUGAAGGAUGGCUGCUUGUACUUCUAUGCUAGCAUUCGCUCCACCCAGGCCUCAGGUGGUCUAUAUCUGCAAGGAUACAGGGUGAACGAGCAGAUCCUUAGCUUCAAGCAGUCAGUAAUUGAACUCAAACCUCCAUCUGAAGAGUUCAAGACUUUCUAUUUCUGUGCAGAAAAUAAUACAGAAAACCAACGCUGGAUUACAGCGCUGAAAGCAUCUAUCAAAAAGUGGCUUCCUUUACAUCAGGCUAUUCAAGACUUCAUGAAUCGACCUCUAGAGGAGACCAGAAUGUAAAAGAAACCCUAAUCUUAAGAGAAAGGACCCACAGGGGCGCUACCAGCCUGUUGUGGGAAGAAACAAAAACAUUUUUUAUUACAUAGCAUUCAACUGAAUGUUCCUCCAAAACAUUAAAAUUUUGUGAUAAUAUUAUCACUUUGUUUUUGAACCAAAGCACCAACAUCUAAUGUGACAUUCAGAAAAUAGAAUAUCUAUCAACAUCAUUAAUAUCUCACAUUUCUGCCCCUCAGGCUGCUCGUGUUAGCAUCAAAAAAUAGUAUGUUCCAUACCCAUGUCUUUUGAAAGCAUAAAUUCAAUAAAAGUUAAUUUCUUUUUUGUAUUCUUUGCUAAAUCUUCCAUUCUUUCCUUUGACUGUAGGCUUCCCAGAAUGCCUAUAGGCCAUGAUAUGGGAAGCUGAUAUUUGGAAAAAUUAAGAUCAUGGAAAUGAAGUGGCUUAAAUGGUGAAUAAAUAAUACAGCUAAACAAGGUCCUCUCUGUCAGGUCAUCCUACAAUCAACUAACCCAACUACCUCCCAGGACUUCCCAGAUGAAAGAAAAUAAUAACAAUUAUUGCUAUAAAAAUAAGGAAGGAAGUAGGCUGAAUUUAGGGGAGCAAACUCAAAAAAUGCAUCGUAUGAUUACCUGAAUUAUUACCUGAAUAUCUGUCACACUGCAAAGGGAAAACACAAAAUAAGUCAAGAAUGUCCUGCCCUGGAAGUAACAUUCAGAGAAAUUCAAAAGUAAAUUCUAAGUAGUGACCUCAUUUCUUAGUGGAACAAUCCCAGUGUGGAGCCAUGAUGUUGUGAUGCACUUGGAAGUCCCAUGCCCUUACUAAUGGAACAAGGAAAACAAGUUUCAGGGAGUUCAACUGUCAGAUUUAAGUGCUCUGGAACAAUUGAAAACAGUAAUAAAAACUUACGGUCUUGUUUGUUCACAAAAUAAUAGUAUUUCAGAGCUCACAAAGACCUUAUAGCUCAACCCCUGUUUAGGUGAAAUCUCAGGGAGGGAGUUGCCUGUUGAAGAUCACCAAGGUUGUUAAUGAAAGACCAGGAACUGAAUCCGGGUCUUCAUCCCUCCAUCCAGUGUUGUUUCCACUCAUCCUACAGCUCUUCAUUGUUAUAAAGAAUGUGUGGUUUCACAGAGAUAAUGUAAUCACCCACUUUCCGAAGUUGUCCAAUGCUUCUAGUCUUUGCCUGAGAUUGGAAACACAUCGAUUCCAGCAAUAAAUCAUGUUUAUAUCUCUACAAUCUCAUGAAGAACUUCGUGUUGAUUCAAAUUAUAUCAUUUUACAGAGAAUCUUAAAUGUGAAAAAGAUAUCAAAAUUCAUGCCAUUUUUCAUACACUCCUCACCUCUGCCCUCUCCCCCAAAGACUGCGAACUCUUCAAAUAGAUGGCAACAGUUUGCAGCUGUCAUUCACCACAACUCAGAUAAAGGAUGCGUGAGUGUGUGAGCAUGUGCUACUUAGUUCCUGUAUUAAGAGAAGCUGCACAAAUGAAUCCAUGCCCCCCAAAAGACAUGCCGUAAUACCCUAACCAACCUAAUACCAUAAUCAAAAAUGUUCAAUUAACAAUAACAGAUAGUCCUCUGUUCUGACAAUGGUCUCUUUGUUCUCCCAGUAUUUGCCAUGACAAUAAUGAGGUCUUUCAGCAGGGGCAUCAUCAGUAAUGUUCAUGUCAGAAACCUGGAGCUCAUACAUCCGCUCCCCAGUGGAGCACUCGGCCUCUUUGGAGCUCCGCCAUGGAAUGCACAAACUGUGCCGUUACCAGGCAGCCAGCUAGUGACCACAGCCAACUGUAACACUGGCACAGAGCUUUCUCCUGAAGGGGAAAAACAAAAGCAACUACCUCAAUAAAAUGUGAAUACAAUUUUCCCUGAAUUAAGCAGUUGUAUAACUCACUUGAAAGUAAAAGGUAUCAAUGUUCAAAGUUACUCCUCAAAAACUACUGUUGCUAUUCCUGGAAGAUUCUAGAGCUCUAAACAGUACCAUACAUUAUGCCAAAAAAAAUUUGUGUGAGCAUUUUUAUGUGGAGACAAUUUUAAGCUUUUAUAUGAUUUUCAAGGGAUAUGUGACUCAAAAAGAACUUUUUAGGUCUAAGAUUAAGAACAUUUCUCAAGAUCCACAAGGUUUCCAUCUUUAAUAGAUACAAUAUGGAGGGGAAAGGGCAGGGCCGGUCUUCUACAUAUGCACUAUCUGACCACACAUUUUAGGAUUAGCCCACCUUUUGGCAAAUCAAAGAGAGCUUGCCAUGAGUCCAGUGGUCAGUUAGUCAAUUAUUUAUUCAUUGAGCACCUACUGUGGACCAAGAACUGACUGCCACCAGCCUACUACCAUUAGGAGAGGCGAAAAAAUUAUUAAAGUCUGUUCUCUGUAGCCAGAAGGCCCAAGUUCAAAUUUUAGCUCUGUCACUUCCUGGCUGUGACUUUACACAGGUAAACUUUAACCCUCCCUGCUUUAGCUUCCUCAUCUAUAAAUGGGGAUAAUAGUAUCUGUCACGUGUGUUUGUGAGAAUUAUAUGAAUAGUGUACAAAAAGCACUGGAACAGUGAGUGUCCCUGAUGAACUCUCAAUAUGAUUAUCAAUAUCAUUAGCAAGGAUUGUCAGCCAAUAGUCACAUCUCUGUGGACUCUUCCUGAGGGAAUACAUCUUGUCUCCAUUUCACUACCCACAGGUAGAGAGGAUAAAGGAACAUUCCAUCAGGGUUUCCAUCUUAAGUGGGCUUAAUAGACCCAAAUAUUUUCAGGUUUUGUGGGUCAUCUGCUGCAUAGUAUUGCCUAUUUAGAACCCAAAGACUGGCCUAUAGUUGUCUAAACUCUGCUAGCCCCACUCCUUGAUAAACUUGGAAGAUUUUCCAUCAGUAUUCCUAGAAGCCCUAAACUAAGGCCACAUUGUUCUCAGGAGGUCCCUGAUGGGCCUAAGUAGUGCUGAUCUCGCUCCAAUUCUUGUUCUGCCUCAUCUGUUGACUUAAUGUGCACACUAUAAAAGAAAACCCCUGGACUGUUCUGUACUUGGGAAUUACAUUUAGUGAAGAUAAAUUAGGAAAUAUCAAAGGGCACAAUGAAUUAGAAGGGAACUACAGGCAAUCAGUCUAUUUCCUUAUUUGCCUCACCCACUUAGCCUGAGAAAAUGAUCUCAAUGAUCCCUUGCCUCCCAAUCCCUCUCAAGCUUCUUCCUGGGCUUGGAACAAUUUCUCCAUACCCACCCUGACUUCUGAGAAAAAAUACUUUCUCCAGAGUACAAUUCUGUUUUCCAUUCCAACCCAUGUAACAACCAUAUAAAACCAUUUCAAAGACGUGUACAUAGUGGGAUGUAAAAGCUAAUGAACCUAUAAAGCAUUUUUUUU